AUGAUACACUCAUUAUUAGUCCAUGUUAUACUCAGCAUCGGUCUAUGGUAUACUCAGCAUAUGUCUACGAUAUACUCAGCAUCGGUCCAUUGUAUACUCAACAUCUGUCCAUGCCUAUCAAGAACUCCGAGGCAAAUAAAAGGUGUUUCUCUCUCUCUCUCUUACUCCCUUCUAUUCUUUUCUCUCUCUCUCUCUCUCUCUCUCUCUCUUUCACUCCCUUCUAUUCUUUCUUCCAUUGUACGCUUUCUUUCAUUCUCCUUCUGUCUAUUCGUUUCAUUCUCUGGAUUAUCUAUUAUUAAUAUUUUCUUCUCAGUAUUUCGUUUAACUCUUUUGCUUUCUUGUUUAACGAUUGAUUUCCCUUUUUCCCAUUCCAUUCAUAUUUUCUUUCUCUGUCUUUUUCUUUUUUCUCUCUAUUUUUUCUCUUUGUCUUUUUCUUUUUUUCUUUUUUCUCUUUGUCUCUUUCUUUCUCUUUCGCUUUCCUUUCUUCUGUCUCUUUAUUUCUUUUUCUCUUUCUUUCUUCUAUGUCAUUCUUCUCUUUUUCGCUUCCUUUCUCUUUUUCGCUUUCUUUUUUUUCUUUCUCUUUCAUUUUCUUUUCCUCUUCCUUUCUCCUUUUCUUUCUUUCUUCUGUCUUUCUUUUUCUUUUUAUCUUUCUUUCUUCUUUAUCGUUCUUCUCUAUGCCUCUUUCUUUCUGUUUUCUAUUUCUUUCUAUUUUUCUCUUUCUAUCACACCCUAUUUAUAUCACUCUCUCUAUAUAUAUCUUUGUAUAUCUUUCUAUCAAUCUCUCUUUCUAUAUCUCUAUAUCCCUCUCUCUUUCUGUGUCUUUCCAACACUCUUUUUCUAUAUCAUUCUUUAUCCCUUUUUCUCUAUCACUCUCUCAGUAUAUCAGUCACUCUAUAUAUUUCAAUAUCUAUUCCCAUCUUCUGCUCUCUAUUUUUUUGA